AGUACAAAAGAAGAAAAUGAGCCAAAGUGAGAGCAUUUGGGUAAAAGUUCAGCUAAAAUCUUCCAUUGAGAAGUUCUAUGGGUUCUUCAGGAACCAUAUGGGGGAUUUGGUCAAUUUGUUUCCUGAGCAAUUCAAUAACUUUGCAAUUGUUGAAGGUCAAAAGUUUUCUGCUGACACUGUUAUACAGUUGAAAUACCACCUUGGAAGUCGUCAAUUAUUAACAGCAAACAUAAAGCUAAAAGUAGUGGAUGAUAUGAAGAAAUACAUAAUUUAUGAGACCAUUGAAGGGGAUUUGCUAAAGAAUUACAAAGUGUUCACAGUGAAACUUGAAGUUGUUAAUGGAAGCUUAAACAAAGUUGGAGGAGGAAGCUUUGCAAAAUGGACUAUUGAUUUUGUAAAGGCAAAGGAAAAUGUGCCUUCACCUGAAAACUACGUGGAAAUGUUUAUCAACAUUUCCAAAGGUGUUGAUGCUUAUUUUUCCCAGAACCAAAAACCCUAAAUUACUCAAGCUGUGUGACCUCAAGUUUGGAGACUUUCUACUUGGUUUGUUCUUAAAAUAAGAAAAUGGAUGUGUAAUAUGUAAUGUGUCGUUUUAUGUCUGUUAUGGAUGCAUGUGUAGUAUAAUUUGUAAAAUUGAAAUAAUCUAUCGUUAUUGUGUGUGUGUCAAAGCUCUCUGGUGUGUGACGUCAUAUCUCCAAUUGGCUAAUGGAUCACAACUUCGUGUAUGCAAAAAAUAGUUUGUCGAUCAACUUAUUAAAAUGUAUUUGGGAAUUAAGGAUCCUUUAUUUUUAAUUGUAA